AUGGACAGCCAGAAAGAGGAGAGAGAGAAGGGCCAGACCAUGGUGUGUAACAGCAAGGAGUUCUUCACGGAGAGGUGGCACUACACCAUCACAGACCUCCCCGGCCGCCGGAACUUCAUCAAGAACAUGGUGAAGGGCACUUCUGCCGCAGAUGCGGCAAUCCUCAUGGUGCCAGCCGACGACGACUUCGCCGCCGCCAUUCAAGGGGGCAGCCCCCAGGCUGGAGGUGAGGGGCAAACUCGCCUGCAUGCUCGGUUGAUCAACCUUCUUGGCGUGAAGCAGCUCUGCGUCUGCGUGAACAAGAUGGAUUCUGACCCCGCCAACUAUGCCAAGGAAAGGUAUGACGAGGUCUACGACAAGACGAGGCGCAUGCUGAUUCGGAUGGGCUGGAAGAAGCCCUUUGUUGAAAAAAGUGUUCCAAUGAUUCCAAUCUCAGGCUUGCAAGGUGACAACUUGAUUGCAAAGUCUGAGAAGAUGGCAUGGUGGAAGGGCCAAGACGUCACUACUUCAAAGAAGGAGACAUGUCAUGUGGAGACCCUGCAGCAAGUGCUGAACGACGCCUUCUGCGUGCCACCACGCCCAACUGAUGCACCGAUGCGAAUGCCAAUCCAGGGACUCUUCAAGAUCAAGGGCGUGGGUGACGUCGUGUCAGGACGAGUUGAGCAAGGAUUGGUCAAACCUGGUGAGGAAGUGGUCUUUCUUCCCUCCGGGGCUUCCGGCAGCGUCUUCACGGUCGAGAUGCACCACCAAAGGCAAGACCAGGCAGUUCCAGGUGAUGUUGUUGGCUUGAACAUCAAGGGCUUGGACAAAAGCAAGAUGCCCAAAGCCGGCGAUGUCAUGAUCUACAAGAAGGACGACACUCUGAAAGUGGUCAAGCAGUUCGACGCCCAGGUCCAAAUCAUGGACCUCACCCAAAAGGCGGGACAGUUCAAGCCCGGAUUCGUCCCCACUGCCGUGGUGAAAACCGCCCAGUCCCCAUGCACGGUGGCCGCCAUCAGGUGGAAGAUGGGCAAGGAGACCAAGGGGAAGAACGUGUGCUCCGCGUGCUCCGUAUGGCUUGUGCUGGACCCUUGA